AUGUCUGAUUGGUUUUGUAAUCGUGGGAUCCCAGUGAUGGAUACAGGGUUGCGCCGUUGCCUGUGUCCAUCAAGUUAUUUCGGAGAACGUUGUGAAAAUCAGCGAGAACGAAUUUCCAUAGUUCUACAUAUCGUUUCAUCACCAAAAUUUCAAAGAAAUAACGCCAUUAAAGUUAUUUUGUAUUUAGUUGAUACGGCAUCUCAACAGAUUUUAGCAGAUGAAGAAAUUUUGCAUUUUCCCUAUGUUCAUUCAUCGUACAAACAUUUAGUUUUGCUAUCCUCUGAUCGAGCUUCUCAUUCUUUUGUUCGUAUUGAUACAUAUGAAGUGGAUAUGAAACAAGUCAUUGGCUAUCGUGCAUCCUGGAAAUACGACCUUCCUUUUCCAUUUUUACCUGUACGCCGAUUAGCCAUUCGACUUGUUUUGUCAGAUGAUAAUGGUUUCUCAGCUCAAACGGGAUUCACAUGUCACACAUGCAUUCAUGGCCAAUGUUUACCAUAUCAAAAUUCUGAUGACGUAUUUUGUCAAUGCUACGAUGGAUGGACUGGUAUCGGAUGUAAUGAAUCUUUCAUUUGUGCAUCAGGAGCGAUGCCUAUUAAUUCAAAUCGAUGUGUAUGUCCAAUGAAUCGCUAUGGUACUCGAUGCUUUAUCUCAAACAUUGCUGUAUGUCAAUGUCGCAAUGGAGGUACUUGUAUACUGCUAGAUGCUCGUGCUGGACAAAGUGCAUGUUUGUGUUCAGAAAAUUAUUUUGGUCAGUAUUGUGAACGACAACAUGCUAGUCUCAAAAUAAAAACAUUUGAUAUAUAUCAGCCUGAAAUAUUACCUAUCGUUCUAAUUCAGUUCAUCCAAUUUCAUGAAUUGGACUACACGUAUUUUGAAAGUACAAUUUUAUUUGAACGUAUUUCAACUAUUCGAGCUCUUUCAAUAUAUCACAUCGAUCACGAAAGUCUACCACCUAUGGUUAUUAGUAAAAUCUUUUACAGCUCAUCAGCUGAAGAUUAUGCUUAUUAUAUUAUUUUACAAGUACCCUUGCUCAUAUUUCGAAAGGAUUUUCAACUCAAAUAUGUAGAGACACAACUAGAAACAAGACAAAAAUGUUCAGAUGUACGUAAGAUGAAAAGUUUUAAGACACCUAUUAAUAUACUUACAUAUCCAUACAUCAAGCGUAUUAAAUAUUAUCUUCGUGUAUGUUCCCAAAACAAUAUAACAUGUUUUCAUGAUGAAAUCUAUUUUUGUUUGUGUCCUACACAAAAAAACCAAACUGCAAUGUGCAAAAUCUACGAUCACAAUCGAGAAAAAUGUCAAACGUCUAGUUAUUGUCUCAAUGGAGGUUUAUGCAUUGAAAAUCGACGUAAAGGAAUAGUUGAAUUUGCAUGUCUAUGUACAUCAUGUCAUUACUAUGGCUCACUAUGUCAAUUCUCAACAGGGCAACAAGGUUUAUCACUCGAUGCAUUGAUUGGCGUUGAGAUGCGUACAGGAAAAACUCUAUCAGAACAGUCGAUACUAAUCAAAAUGAGUCUGACCAUCCUUACAUGUAUCAUUACACUUGGAUUCAUUGGAAAUAUCUUGUGUGCAAUAACAUUCGUUAGAAAAAAAUCUCGAGAAGUAGGAUGUGGCUAUUAUUUGUUUCUUAUAUCAAUAUAUAAUCAACUUGCAUUAAUACUACUUGGUUUGAGAUUUGUAUAUCUUCUUAUCACUCAAAUGAUAUUAUCAAAUAAUCGAAUUCAAUUGCUUUUUCUAUGUCAAUGUCUUGAAUUUGGACUAACACUCUUUCCAAAUCUUUCCAAUUGGCUAUCAGCAUGUGUGAGUGUAGAGCGAACAUAUGUAGUAUCAUAUGGUACUUUCUUUAAUCGAAAGAAAAGUGUACGUGCUGCUAAGCUAUUAUGUAUUACUUUGUUGAUAGUACUUGGUGGUAUGACUGUACAUGAACCUAUGACACAUUAUUUGAUUGAAGAUCCUCGCUUGGGUCGGUAUACUUGGUGUGUUACUAAAUUUAGUUCAACACAGUCACAAAAAUUAGCAUCGAUACUCUCAAUUAUUAAUUUAAUAGGUCCUUUUCUUAUUAAUUUAUUUUCAAUGAGUGCUCUCAUUUUUAUUAUUACACGAAAAAAAUUAAACCUACAUACUGGUAAUUCUCGACCAUCGUUCAUUAGUAUUCUAUAUCAGCAAAUGAAUCACUAUAAACAUUUCAUCAUUAGUCCAGCAAUUUUAAUCUUUCUUGCUUUACCACGUUUAAUUAUUUCACUUGGAUCACUAUGUAUCGACACAUCAUGGCGUAACUAUGUAUUUCUUACGGGAUAUUUUAUUUCAUUUGUACCAUUUAUGGCAACACUAUUUAUUUUCAUCAUCCCUGCACCAAUCUAUCGAGAUGAAUUGGAACUAUCUUUGAAACGCAUUCGAAAAUAUAUCUGA